GGCGGGCGGAAGACAGAUGAAACCCUAGAGCAUCUGCGGAGCUUUGGAUAUCGGAAUUCGGAAGUGCAUACCAUAAUGAGUCGGAGCUUAGGAAUUCCGGUGAAGCUUCUCCACGAAGCGUCGGGGCAUAUUGUCACGGUGGAGUUGAAGAGCGGUGAGCUUUAUCGUGGAAGCAUGGUUGAGUGUGAGGAUAACUGGAAUUGCCAGCUCGAAAGCAUCACCUACACUGCCAAGGAUGGGAAAGUCUCGCAACUCGAGCAUGUUUUCAUCAGGGGCAGCAAAGUGAGGUUCAUGGUAAUUCCCGACAUGCUUAAGAACGCUCCAAUGUUUAAGCGCUUGGAAGCUAGGAUCAAGGGCAAAGGCUCAGCACUCGGGGUUGGGCGUGGGCGCGCUGCUGCCAUGCGAGCUAGAGCUCAGGCUGCUGGGCGCGGAGCUGCACCCGGUAGAGGCGCUGCUCCGCCUGUGCGGAGGUGAUGUAAGUCUGUUCUAUUCGAGGUCGAUAUUUAUUUAUUUACUAGGUGUAGAAGAUGGAUCUGUUUCUGGUGUGGAAUUAUUAUCAUAUCUUAUUUUCAGUAUUUAAUGAAGAUUUUUGUAUCUCAUUUGACAAAGUUUUCCA